GUGAGCUGAUGAACCAGGGCAUCCUGGCGUUGGUGACGUCCACGGGCUGUGCGUCGGCCAGCGCCCUCCAGUCUCUGACGGACGCCAUGCACAUCCCCCACCUGUUCAUCCAGAGGAACAGCGAGGGUUCUCCGCGGACCGCCUGCCGCUUCAACCCCAGCCCCGGGGGGCAGCGCUACACCCUGGCCGCCCGGCCACCGGUGCGUCUCAACGACGUGAUGCUGACGCUGGUGGAUGAGCUGCGGUGGCAGAAGUUCAUCGUCUUCUACGACAUCGAGUACGAUAUCCGGGGUCUGCAGGGCUUCCUGGACCAGACGUCCCGUCAGGGGGUGGACGUGGCCCUGCAGAGGGUGGACCGGAACAUCAGUAAGGUCUUCACCAACCUGUUCACCACCAUGAGGACCGAGGAGCUGAACCGGUACCGGGACACGCUGCGCAGGGCCGUCCUCCUGCUCAGUCCACAUGGAGCCCACUCCUUCAUCCAACAGGCGGUGGAAACCAACCUGGCCUCCAAAGACAGCCACUGGGUGUUCGUCAACGAGGAAAUCAGUGACACAGAGAUCCUGGAGCUUACCCAUAGUGCACUGGGGCGCAUGACGGUGAUCCGGCAGAUCUUCCCUCUGUGGAAGGACAGCAGCAGCAGAUGCAUGAGGCAGAACCAUCGCAUCUCCUCACUGCUGUGUGACCCUCAGGAAGGAUAUCUGCAGAACCUGGAGGUGUCCAACCUCUACCUGUACGACAGCGUGCUGAUGUUGGCCAACGCCUUCUACAGGAAACUGGAGGACAGGAAGUGGCACAGCAUGGCCAGUCUGAACUGCAUCAGGAAGUCCACCAAGCCCUGGAAUGGAGGCUGGUCCAUGUUGGAGACCAUCCAGAAGGGGAACAUCACCGGUCUGACGGGGACCAUGGACUUUAAGGACAGCGGGUCCAACUCUCACGUCCAGUUCGAGAUCCUCGGCUCCAGUUUCAGUGAAACCUUCGGUAAAGACAUAAAGAGGUUAGCAACGUGGGAUUCAGUUCAUGGACUCAACGGCAGCUUGAAGGAGAGUCGCAUCGAGAAUGGGAUGCAAGGUGUGACAGUCAAGGUGGUGACGCUGUUGGAGGACCCCUUUGUCAUGGUGGCGGAAAACAUCCUGGGACAACCCAAGAGGUACAAAGGGUUCUCCAUCGACGUCCUGGAUGCCCUCGCCAAGAUCCUGGGCUUCAAAUAUGAAAUCUACCAGGUCUCCGACAGUCGUUAUGGAUCUCAGCUCCCAAACGGGUCUUGGAACGGUAUGAUCGGAGAUCUGAUCAACAAGAGGGCUGACCUGGCCGUCUCCGCCAUCACCAUCACGCCGGAGCGGGAGAAUGUGGUGGACUUCAGUAAGCGUUACCUGGACUACAGCGUGGGCAUCCUGCUGCGGAAACCCGAGGAGAAGAUCAACAUCUUCUCGCUGUUUGCGCCCUUUGACCUGGCCGUGUGGGCGUGCAUCGCCGCCGCCAUCCCCGUGGUUGGAGUCCUCAUCUUCCUGCUCAACCGGCUGCAGGCGCUGCGCUCCUCUACCCAGAAUGCACCGGGGCAGCCAUCCGCCGUGGGCUCAGGGACUCUGCACAGCGCCAUCUGGAUUGUCUACGGGGCCUUCGUACAACAAGGUGGUGAGGGCGUGGUGGGUUCGGUGGCGCUCCGCAUCGUCAUGGGCAGCUGGUGGCUCUUCACGCUCAUCGUAUGUUCUUCGUACACAGCCAACCUGGCGGCGUAUCUGACAGUGUCACGCAUGGAUCACGCCAUACGGUCUUUCCAGGACCUGGCCCGGCAGAUGGACGUGGACUACGGGACGGUCCGGGACUCGGCAGUCUACGACUACUUCAGGAACAAAGGCACCAACCCCCUGGAGCAGGACAGCACCUACGCCGAGCUGUGGAGAACCAUCAGCAAGAACAACGGCAUGGACUACUCUGUGUCCAGCCCCUCAGAGGGGAUCCGAAAGGCGAAGAAGACUCCGUUCGCCUUCCUGUGGGACAUGGCGGUGUUGGAGUACGCAGCGUUGACCGAUGACGACUGCACCAUCACCGUGUCCGGAAACACCAUGAGCAGCAAAGGAUACGGCAUCGCCAUGCAGCAUGGCAGCCCCUACCGGGACCUGUUCUCCCAAAAGAUCCUGGAGCUGCAGGAGAAGGGCGACCUGGACGUGCUGAAGCAGAAGUGGUGGCCUCGGACCGGACGCUGCGACCUCCACGUCCACGCCAGCGCACACCCUGACGGACGCUCCCUCAAACUGCACAGCUUCGCCGGUAUCUUCUGCAUCCUGGCGGCCGGGCUGCUGCUGGCCUGCCUUGUGGCCGGCCUGGAGGCGUGGUGGAACGGCAACCGCUGCCGCCAGGAGACGCCCAAAGAGGUUACUAAGGAUUACAGACUGGGAAGGGUUUCUGGUCCAUUGACAUAUAAUGACAUUACAAGUGCUUCAUCGGAGGGCAGGAGGGACAUUUGGACAGACAGAGAGAGAGGCUGGGAUGAAGCAGAAGCUAUUGACACAGGACAAGGAGGUGAAUCUGGAACAGGUGCACCGUCGUAUGAACAGUCUUUUGGACGAGGACUUGGCCCACAAGCAGAUCCCCGGCCCCUCUAUCGAGAUCUCUGCGCUGGACAUCGGUACCAUGGCGCCGGGCCAGGCCUCGCUGGUCCCGGGCCCGGAGUCCGUUCGGGACUACCCCCCCUCGGCGCUCGCUGUGACCACCUUCCUACCGGGGGAGGGGAUGCCGCCUCCCCCUCUUCCCCACCCUCACCAUGGGGGGACCCUAGGCAGGACGCUGCCCCCGGCACAGGGUCCUGGCAGCGCCACGUUGCCCCCCCACCACCCGCUCAGCGGCUCCAUGUGCAAACACAGGGCCCCCAACGGGGGGCUGUUCCGACAGAGCCCUGGCAAGACCCCCAUGCCCAUGUCCUACCAGGCAGUCUCCGCAGGACCCAUACCCGAAGCCAUUGAGGCCACCCACAGUACAUCCAUAUAGGACCGGGAGGCGUGGGGGCGUGGACUCUGGUCCAGUUUGGGAUUGGGGGGGGGGCAGAGAAAAAUUAUAGAAGAUUUAAAAAAAUAAAAAAAAAACAAACAUGUAAAUUAAAAAGAUUUUGUAUCUCACUACCUGUUCAGAGGAGACAGAGGGCGGUCCAGGGUCAGAGUCCAGAUCCAGACCCAGGUCCAGGGUCAGAGGCCAGACCCAGGUCCAGGGUCAGAGUCCAGAUCCAGACCCAGGUCCAGGGUCCUGUUCACAGUCUGGAGUCCUGGUCUCGGUCCUGGUCCCGGUCCCGGUCCUGGUUCCGGUCCCAGUCCUGGUCCCAGCCCUGGUCCCAGCCCUGGUCCUGGUGGACAGGUGUGGUUCUGCUCUUGUACAUUUGUGUAAAUACUCAGAGAACGCAGUGGGUUCAAGUGUAUUUUGAAUAUUCUCAAUUUUUGAAGUUGAGUUCAAUAAAAAACCGACAAAACGAGAUAAAAAUCUAUAUAUAACUGAAACGUUCUGACUGUUUGAAUGGCUUUGUAAAUUUUGUUCAAUAUGAAACAAUGACGCGAAAUUCAUUGUGAUUGUUUUCUAAGUGCCGAAAUUAAACGAUGUCUCUCCACAACUCAUCGAUGUAAACGACUACCCAUGAUGCACCGCUGUAGGGACAUGUUACUGUUAUGCACCUGUACGCCCCGAUAUAGAAGAAAACACACACCUGAGUUCUUUUCUAUUCUAUAUAUAAUAUACGUCUCUUUUUCCAAUCAGAA